GUCUAGCAGCUUUUCUCGCAACAGCAUCGACGCAUUUCCAACUUCCUUCGCUCCAGGCUCACCCAAUCUUCCACAGAUUCUAGAGCUUCUUGCAACGCCAUGGCUGUCACGCGUAUCUUUCUCCUAACUCUGACCGUGGCCGCUGUCGUCAGCGUCAACGCCGGGCGACUUCCAUCGUCGUCCGGGCUGGCAUUGCCCAUAGAUCAGACCCGACCCCAGCAGGCCCCUGUCCAGGGCUCCGUGCAGGGAUACUCGCCCGAGUACCUCAAGUUCCUCAUUCGCAGCGCCACUUCGCAGGCCAUCACCGCGCUGAGCGCCGGUAACCUGCUCUUCGCCUCGCGCAUCUUCGCGACGUUCGCCACGCUGUACCCGUCGAACGCGGAGCCCCUUUCGCUGUAUAGCCCGCUGGACAAGCAGAAGGCGCUCAAGGUGCUGGUGGACAAGAACCUCACCAUCACGCACACCAUUACCGGUAUCUCCAUUGCUAAGGACUCCACCGGCGGUCCCGCCGCCCCCGGGAACGGCGCCGUCGCAUCUGGGCCGUCGAACGACAUCAAGGAGAUCUACUGCGAGGGGUCGUACACGCUGAUCGACCGCGCGACGCAGACGAUCAAGGCGAAGGGUAACUUCAUCUCCACGUGGACGCCAUCGUCGCCGUUCGUCGGCGAUCUGGAGAACGACCUUGAUUAUGUCGGCCUGAGCCGGCUCAUGUGGACCAAGUAUUAAAAGCGGCGCGUUCCGCGGGAUCCUGAACGGAGGAAGACGGACGAACGGAUCUGUCGCCGCGACAUAGAGAACAUAGUUGUUGGGACAUUACCGCCGGAGCAUUACCACGACAUUUUAUAAUUGUUGCACGGUGGGUGCAUGCUUGUUGUCAAGCAAGCUGCCCCGCCCAGUGCGAUGGUAAUACGUUUUCAAUAAGACCCGAGCACCGCAUCUGACCAGGGUAGUUGCCCUUGGGUCUCGCCCUGAAAGGUGACAGUACUCAGAGUAGUUGCCGCUAUGCUUCCCUAACUUCAGUAGAUUGUGUUUCUGCUGUUUUUUCCCACUGACAUACGAAUCCAUCAUUAUGUCACGCGAUUGCUUCCUCCAGCCCUGAGCUUUGCAAUGCAUCUCCUGUCCUGACCCAUGCUACAGCAUCAGAUUGGUCCUCUCAGCAGUGCCUGUUGAAAGGCUAGGUUAGGAGAGAAGCCAUGGAAAUGGUGUGAGGGUUUAGCUAGGGGUGAGAGUUACGAGAGAAGUUGACUAGGGAAGAGGAGAUACAAGAGGGUGGGGGGGUUGUCCCCUCUACAGUA